UUGAAGACAGAACAACCGACAAGGCACGAACUGGACGCUUUUGGUGGACUUGGGCACUGCUGCACACCGGGUGAAAUGGAGGGACAGGAUUCUACUUGUGCUUCUGGACUACUAGUACCCAUCUUGGGAAGUGUUCAUCGUCCUUGAGAAAUUGAAUGGCCUGAAAAUUGCCAAUUUCCAACACCAAAGAGCGAAAGAAAAAAAUGGAACAUGAGGGUCACGUCGCGGCUGUCGGUGAGAAAAUGAAGAAAGCGAAGCAGAAGCGCAAGCGCAAGACUGCGCCGUCGCCAGAUGGCGAUGAUAGCUCUGCUCUGGAUGACCGCUGGGAAGAGUUCCGUCAGCGUUGCAGUCUGUCAGCCAUGAAUGUGAAAAGCAUUCUGAAGCAUGUCCUGGGAGAUGAGCGCGUCGUCUCCAUGGCUCUCAAGGCCGCAGCUGCCGUACCCUCGUCGGCGACGGCGGGGAAUUCCCCAGUGUACGACGACACCGAUGACUCGCCACCUCAAUUGCAGACCCCGGUCCCAUCGCCAUCGGUUACCGGCGCUGCCGCCCAAUCACCUCUUCCUUCUGUCGGUGUUGCCCAGUCAGCUUGCGCUGCAGCUUCGCUCUCUUCGCUCGACACCCCUGCUGCUACCCCUGCUACUACUGGUGCGUCCACUGCUCUGUCCACUCCUACGCCUAGUGCUGCUGUCGCUAGCGUACCUGCGACUUCUGGCGCUCCACUGUCGUCAAAGUUUGCAGACGAGUUGCCGCUGGAGCCGAAACUGACACGGUCGAAAGCGAAAGGCCAACCCUUUCACCUCCUCACGAAUGCCUGCCAGAUCAAUGGACGCUUCCAAACCUACAUACCAAUACAAGCGCCACCCAGUGUUCUGACAGCGGAGUUCUCCGACGAUUCAGACGAGGAGUACAAACCGGCACCACCAUCAUCCAGCUCGCCUCGUAAAAGACAUGGGUCACCGCGCAAGAAAACUGCGGCACAGCCACCGUCUGCUCUGGUCACGUCCGUGCCGGGAGCUAGCGAUGGCCAAUCCCUCGGUCUGCCCGACAGACGGCUGAGCGACAAUGAAGGUAAUGACGGCUUGCAGUCCGUGCGAUCACCUGUUUCCCCAUCGACCGUGUUUUCAGACUCGGGAUCGUCAUCGUCCAGUUCGUCCGGUUCUGAUACUGACUCCGACUCGUCCGGUGUGACUUCGUCGUCGGAAUCCGAACCCGACUGGGAUGACGUCGUCUUGCAGUUUGGUGGUGUGAGUGGUUCACGACCGCCGCCAUCCCCGCGUACUCGGGGAGAAGUGAGCCCCAGCACUGACGUUACCCAAACACCCGGCGGUGAUCGCGUUCAGCCGGUGUCAACUCCACUCAGGUCUUCAUCAGCCACACCCGCUAUCGUCGUCUCAAGCGCAUGGUCUUCGGAAACCCUGACGAACAGGAGCAGUCAGCAUUCGUCAACAGCACAGGCAACUGCAAUGCCGGCAGCAGCACUCGGACAAGAUGUCAUUGUCUUGGACGAGGGGCAAGGUACACCGCGCAGCGACAGUGCAGAGCCCAUGUUGCCUGCCGAUGAAUCUUCUUUGACUGCCGUGGAUCUGUUCCGGUCGGGCAGUAUCAUGGAUCCGUGGUCCCCGAGCAUGGUCGAUGUGAGUGACUCCGUUGCCAGGCGCACACGAUCGCGUUUGCCGCUGACCAACGUGGAGAUUGAACAGCUGGAAGCGGCGCAGCUGCCGGACGAAGUGCACAGCAGCCCUCCCACCGAGCCUGCCAACUAUUCCAAGGGCCUGGACGAGAGCUUUGAUCCGGAGGACGAUGCCUUCACCUCCUGGUUAUCGGCUUUGAUGAAAGAUGAUGUACUGCCGGAUGAGGAAGAAGAGGACACAGAGUACAACUACAUAGCUGACGAGCAACACCAAAAGUUUGAGGAAGAGUUCCGCAAGGACAAGGCAGUCAAGGUGUCCGCCAAGGAGUAUAACUCUUUGAUUGGUGAUCUUGUGGAGAGCGUUGACCCACUGACUGGACAACUUUGCCCGACAGCUGCCACCAAGCCGAUCAUAGAGGACAGUGAAGUGCAAAAGCACAUGGUAGCCAUGCUGGCCCAGGAGGAGAACCAGAGACAAGUGAUGAACGAACUUAUCACCAUGGAGAUGGACGACAAAGCGAGGACCACCAUCCGCGAACAGAUUGAAAUGCACGCGCAGCUGCUGCUACAAACGUUUGUUCUGGGUCGUUGUGAUGAGCGACUUCAGGACGUCGUCCAGUCAUCAGCCGAUAUGCUCAACGAACUGCAAGCUACCAAGAACGAAGCUUUGAAAAACCCGGCUGAUCCGUCCGCGGCUCAGUCAGACGUGCAGCCGACUCCACAGUCGGGCACGUCGGACGAUGGCAGCGACGCUCCUGCCAAUGCAUCCGCCGCCGUAGCAACAGCAACAGCCAAGUCCGCUGCUCCAUCCAGCAGGCCAACGACUAGACCAUUGCUGGUACUGGACACGCCCGUCAUCGAUGUUGCUAUGACGAUCGUCAUGACACCACCAGUUGCCGAUGAAGUCAUGACGAGCGGAUGGAGACCGCCGAAACGCCGCAGCAGAACGCAGAAAACAACGCAGUUAACCAGCCCAUCGUACCCCAGCCAGCCAUCUGCGCCGAGUGAUAUUGUAGCUAAGGUAUUUCUGGACCAUCCAACCAUCUUCCUCAGGCGUCCUUAUCUCUUGCCAAUUACUCGCUUCGUGUCUCUGUCCUAUCUGGAUGAACUGGCGCUGCGGAGUCGCAGGGUGGCUUUCAGUACUGCGGAAGACAACUUGCUUGCUCUUGGACUGACCGUGUUUGGAAAGAACUAUGACUUGAUCACCGCCAAUUAUCUGCCGAUGAAGACACCACAGCAACUCAAGAUACGCCACAGCAACAGGACGAAAAGCAAAAAGGAGCUUAAUGUGAUACGGACGUUGAAGAAGACUGGUAGUUUGCGGCUCGAUCCACCCUUCUCUACUCAAGAACUUCUUGCUCCUCCGCCUCCUUGGAUACUGAGAGCCAGACUACGCUUCAUGCAGAUGGAGGAGCAGCUCGAAGAUGACGAGGAGCCAGACAAGAGUCCCGCGCCGCCAGUGAAGAGCAAGAGCAAGGUGAAAGCCAAGACAAAGUCGAGUAGCAGCACGCCGCAGCCUAGACUCUUGCCUAAUGCUAUCCUUGCAGCUGCUCAACGUGCUCACGAGUCCGUGCUCCAGGCCCUGCCGACGGCCGCUCUCUACAACGCAUCAAUGUCCUCCAGCGACAACACCGAGAUCACCAUAUUUGGCAGCAGUGCUCGCGCUCAACAGGACGUGAACGCCGUCGCCAGCAUCGGUCUGCUGGCCAAGAGCAAUACGAACGUGGUGGGCAAACAGAUCGUUCCACUGCCGCCCACCGCCUCGCUGGCAAUGCCGCCAGCAGAACUCGCCGAGCUCUACCAUCAGCAUCAGCCGGUGAGCGCCGGGCCGAGCCAGGCUGGCAGCCACCACCAUUUGCUGGCCUGGCCUGCGAGUGCGCCCGCCGUGCGCAGCCCGUCCUUGAACACGGCCGCCAGCAGUCGCGGCGCCGUCACCUCUGCCACCAGCACCGGUGCCACCGCCAGCGCGGGCGGAGUGAGAGUAGGCGCCGGCGUAGCCACCCCGGCAGCGAUGGCCGCGGUUACCGCUGCCGGUUCUAACGUCAAGCUGCUUCCCGUCGGUGGCAUGGCUCUAACACCGCGAUACAAGUGCAGGCCACGGCCGGACCGACGCGAGAAAAAGCCCAAAGAGCCGACUAGAUGGAAGCGUCCGUACCGCAGCAAGAAGCACAAGGAGGAUGCGGCCGCGGAGGCCGCGAUCGCAAUGGGAACGCCGUCGGACCAGAUGGUUGCCACGGCGGCAGCGGUGGCGCGCAUGGCGGCGGGCGGCAGCGACGCCACGGAGCACCUGGCGUCGGUGGCCGCCAUCUUGACCCUGAUGCAGGGCCACCACCAGCCACAGCAACAGCAGCCGCAGCAGCAGCCAGGGCGGAGCGCUGCCGACGUGAGCCCGACGCCGUCCAACAUCCCAGCACCGGUGAUAACGUCAUCACAGGUGGUGGACGUCGACGCCGGCUCCCUGGGCGUGCCUCGUCAGCCCACCCCGGCUCAGCAGCUCUCCAGCAGCCAGCAAGCAGCGGUGCAUCAUGCGGUGGCGCAAGUGUUGUUUUCCUCCCCUCUCGCCGGCAGCCAAGUAGCUGUCGCGACAGCGGCUACGGAUGUAGCCCACCCCAGUCCCGUCUCUGAGCCGUCCCCUGCACUAUCGUCGGCGUAUUCCAGCAGUGCGAGCCCGUGCGGGUCGCUUGGCCAGCUGGGUCCGUCGUCAUCUGCGUCACCAGUCACGAGCGCCCUGCACUCACGAGGCCCUUCUCCACCUCUGCCAUCGGCCUCUGUCCCGGUGGCCCGGCGAGUGCCGUCGUGUGCGAAUAGCUGUGUGCCGUCUCCGCAGCUCACGACGGAGUGUAGCGUUGCAUCCCCGAGACCACCGGUACAGACGGUGCGAAUAACGAAGGGCAGCAGUUUUGUGCCGUUGCUGCCGUUAUCCGACAGCGAACACCGACCGACGUCCCGAUCAAGCAGUGCAUCGUCCGUCGACAACACCGAGCGCUGCUCGCCCGAGUUCCGCAGCCCAUCGCCCGAACCUAUGUCCUCUCCGCCACUGCUGCUGCCCGACAGCGCUCCACCCAUGGUGGACGUGGAGGAGACAUCGCAAGCGCUUUGGGAUGCUGCCCCCAACGAUCACGACUAUUCCGCUCGCGUCGGUGGUGACAACGAUGGCGUUUCGGAAGUCGCAUUCGAGUACAACGAUGAUGGCGGAUCCGCUCAGCUUGCGGAUAGCAGCGCUCCGCCGCUGGAUGUUCAAGUCAGCGAUGACAGUCUGUUUGCUCACCUAGCUGAUCAGGCUCAGUUCGAUACAGCCGCUGCCGGCACGGCUAGCCUACCGUCGGGCACGCGCACCUUUCACAUCGACGACUUUCUCGAGAGCAGCAAGUCGGUGUCGGAUUUCUCGGCGUUUUUCGACCGCAUGCGUGCUGGCACUACGGACGACGCCGAUCAUUCCGAUGCCGUCGCGGGCUUUUGUAUUGAUCAUGAUGAGACGGGCCAGCAAGUGGACGAUCUUAUCGUGGAGCUCAGCGCUGCCUGUUCUGCCGCUACUUCGCCGUCUCGCACGCCACCCAGUGCUUCGCCGACGUCGGAAGGCUUGGCCCAGUCUCCCGCUGAGAUCGCUGGUUGCCAGGAGCGGAAUGAGACAGUGCACUUGGGCGGAGAUGUGUCGGUUUCCACGGAUGCCGUACAGUCUCCUGUUUCUGCUGCUGCUGCAUCACCAAACCUGGAAAAGAUCAAUGUUAAUUUCGAAGCGUGUGCUACAGAUUGUACUACUCCGGAAGACGUCCAGACACCGAUGGCAGAAGAGCCAUCGUCGGAGGACGAUGCAAGCGCAGCAUCGCCUCCACCUGAGCCUCAGCCGGCAUCGCCUGCCACUACGGUCGAGGCUACCGAAGCUCCUUCCUCUCCGCUCCGCCCAGCCGACACUGAGGUAAAGAGCGUUGGUACCGAGUUCUUGAACGAGCCAAGCGACGCUAAUUCACCUGCUUCCGAAGCACUCUGCAGCUCCGAUACACCGGUCGAUCCAGAAACGCCUGUUGCUUCUGGACAAGGAUCGCCUUCGCCCAAUGUUGACGCACUGUCGGAGACACGGCACGAGCUGGAAGGGAAGGAGGAUGAUCUAAUGGACAAGGAGGAUGAGGAGAAAGAGGAUGAUCCUUCGGUCAAGGAGGAGGAAGAGAAGGAGGAUGACCUUUUGGACAAGGAGGUGGAGGAGAUCAUCUCUCGCAAGGCCUCACCAUCGCGGCACACUGGCCUGCGAGACAGUAUCUCGUCCUUGUCGAACGAUAGCGUGUUCAGCUCGCCCGGGUUUGCGUCGCCAUCCGACGACGGGGCCGUCGCACGAGCGGAGACCGAGAGCCCGGUCAGCAUGAACAUCGAACUCAAAGAGCCGAAAGACGUCUGCGAAGAGGCCACCGCGGAAGCGGAAGCAGCUCUACCCGUCACACCAACGAGUCGUUCCUCGUCCCGACGCAUCAAGAGUAGUCGCUACAGGUCUCGCACCCAAGAUCAAGCCACGACGGCUACGGCGGACACCGCACCACCGUCAUCCACCGACAUGCUAUCGGACACCGAGACAACGCCGUCGUCGGUCAAGGAAAAGCCGACAGCCGCUGUCGCCACCGAUGGGAAGUCUCUGACUUCUAACGAGGCAUCAGCUCGUAUCGACCGCAUGAUAGAUGAUUUCAUCGACACGGCCACUGACGUUUUGCAGGUGGAGUUCCCAGACACACUCGAUACUUUGCUUCAUCUCGUCUCCUCUGCGCAUAACCUCCAGCAGCCCAACAAACUGUCCCAGUGGCUCGAGCGCAGGAAUCGGUGGACGCUGCACUUGAAGGACUGCAACCUCUUCUGGUCGGGCUGA